GGUCACAAUGGAGAAUGUGAGCAGGCUGUAAUUUGAGUAUCAACAAACAGACCUCACCAACAGCAAAAGGGAAAUAAAUAUCUCUCCAUUGAAGACCCCAUCUUCUUUCUUUGUGCGUGUAUCUUCAUCUUUACUCCAUUACUUCUCUGAUCUCUUGCCUUUUUUGCCUUGAUGAUCACUGCAUUUAGCCCUACAAGUUGAUGAAAGUUUUUUCAGCUUGAGAACCAAUCCGAGUUAUUGUCGUUUUUCCACGAGAAGAAAUGGCGGCGGAUGGAGCUCCUUCCUUUUCUUUGGUGUCGAUGGUGGAGGACGUCCUGCAACAGCAUGGAAAUCGGAUGGGAGAUCUUGAUUUGGAGUCUAGGAGAGCUGAAGAAGCUGCAUCAAGGAGAUAUGAGGCGGCUGGAUGGCUGAGAAAGAUGGUUGGGGUUGUUGCAGCAAAGGAUUUGCCUGCAGAGCCUUCUGAAGAAGAGUUUAGGCUUGGACUGAGGAGUGGGAUUAUCCUCUGCAACGUUCUUAAUAAGGUUCAACCUGGAGGUGUGCCCAAGGUGGUUGAAAGUCCAUGUGAUGCUGUCCUCAUUCCCGAUGGAGCAGCAUUGUCAGCAUUCCAGUAUUUUGAAAACGUGAGAAACUUUCUUGUGGCCUUGCAAGAGAUAGGGCUUCCUACCUUUGAGGCAUCUGAUCUAGAACAAGGAGGGAAAUCUACAAGAGUCGUGAAUUCUGUAUUGGCACUCAAAUCUUAUAAUGACUGGAAACAGAUGGGUGGAAACGGAGCAUGGAAAUUUGGGGGUAAUAUAAAAUCUGCUACACUGGGGAAGUCAUUUGUAAGAAAAAACUCGGAACACUUUAUGAACUCCUUGUCAAGGAGCUCAUCAAUUAAUGGAAAGACUCUAAAUGCAAACUCCUCUGACCUUAAUUCUAACAAAAUGUCUACUUCUGGUUCUCUGAAUAUGCUUGUUCGUGCAGUUCUAUUAGAUAAAAAGCCGGAUGAAGUCCCAAUGUUGGUGGAAUCUGUGCUAACUAAACUUGUAGAGGAGUUCGAGCAUCGUAUUGCAAGCCAAUAUGAGCUGAUGAAGACGGCUUCAAAAGAAGUAGUGGCUUCCCAUAGCAACAAGUCCCUAUUUAGUCCUCCUUCCGGAGAUGGGAAGAUUGAAGAUAAAAAUGUUAAAGUGAUCAAGAAAGAGGAAUCCUAUCAUAGAAAUUUUAUACCUGACGAGGAACAGAAAAGUCGACUUCUAAAACAGAAAACAAUCUUUGAUCAACAGCAAAAUGAUAUUGAGGAACUAAGGCAUGUUCUUCAUGCUACAAAAGCUGGCAUGCAUUUUAUGCAAAUGAAAUUUCAGGAGGAGUUCAGUACUCUUGGUUCGCAUAUUCAUGGUUUAGCACAUGCUGCUUCUGGUUACCACAGAGUUCUUGAGGAAAAUCGUAAGCUCUACAAUCAGGUACAAGAUCUCAAGGGAAGUAUCCGGGUUUAUUGUCGGGUGAGACCGUUCUUGUCUGGACAAUCAAGCUAUUUGAGCACUGUUGAAUUUAUAGAAGAUGGAAAUAUCGCCAUUAACACACCAUCAAAGCAUGGGAAAGGACGCAGGUCCUUCAGCUUUAACAAAGUCUUCGGGCCAUCUGCAACUCAAGCGGAGGUUUUCUCGGAUAUGCAGCCAUUAAUUCGAUCAGUUCUUGAUGGAUAUAAUGUUUGUAUAUUUGCAUAUGGUCAAACCGGGUCAGGAAAAACAUAUACAAUGAGUGGACCCAAGGAGCUAACAGAGAAAAAUCAAGGUGUUAAUUAUAGGGCCUUAGGUGAUUUAUUUCUGCUAGCGGAACAAAGGAGGGACACUUUCCACUACGAUGUUGCUGUUCAAAUGAUUGAGAUUUACAAUGAGCAAGUUAGAGAUCUCCUUAUUACUGAUGGAAGUAACAAACGAUUAGAAAUUCGCAACAGUUCUCAGACAGGCCUCAGUGUACCGGAUGCAAAUCUUGUUCCUGUUUCAUCAACAUCUGAUGUGAUCGACUUGAUGAACCUUGGACAAAGAAAUCGUGCAGUAGGUGCAACAGCCUUGAAUGACCGAAGCAGUCGAUCUCACAGUUGCUUGACUGUACAUGUCCAGGGAAGGGACUUGACGACUGGAACUCUUCUUCGUGGCUGUAUGCACUUGGUUGAUCUGGCAGGAAGUGAAAGAGUGGACAAGUCUGAAGUAACAGGAGAUAGGCUAAAGGAGGCACAACAUAUUAAUAAAUCGCUUUCAGCUCUAGGAGAUGUGAUUGCUUCCCUUGCCCAUAAGAAUUCACAUGUUCCUUACCGGGAGGAAGAAACGGAGCACACCAAAGCUUCCAUUUCUGGCAGCUCAGAAAGACACAGAACAAAGACCAAUGAAUUGUUACCUUUCGGUUCUAACCAGCGGGUUGGAAAUACCUUUGGUGAUCAUAGUAGCUGCAGGCAACCAAUGGGUGAUGUUGGAAAUAUAGAGGUUCGCCCCAGCCCUGCAUUGAGGCAGAAAACACAAAGCUUUGAUCUUGAUGAGCUAUUAGCAAAUUCACCUCCUUGGCCUCCAGUCAUAAAUCCUGGCAAAAAUAACAAAGACGAAGAGAAAGAAAUGGGGUCCGCUGAGUGGGUAGAUAAGGUCAUGGUGAACAAAGUUAACUCCCCUCUAAGAUGUUGGGACACAGACAGUGGGAAUUUGCCUGAUGAAUUCUACCAAAAGUACCUUCCUGAUUCUUCAAAAAUUUAUCCAGAGCAGUCAUAUAACUUGUUCAUGGGAAACAACCAGUUCAAC